UUAAUACGCUACGUCGCGAAGCCAGCGCCAAGCGGGCCUCAGUUUACGACAGACUUUUAACGAAGGUGCAUGCCGCUUUUCGCCUUGUUGUGACCGUGUGCAUGGUGUUGUGGGAUAACAUAACUAAUAAUUGUUAAGUGCAGUGUUUGUGUAGUGUAACGUUGGUGUAGCCCGGGUUCCAAAAGUUAUUGUGAUGCAGUGGAGAAUAUACGCAUGGCUAUUUUGUAUAGCCCUUGUAGGAUAUGUUCGAGCGACAGAGGACGGUGCCGCCGGCGUCCAGCCGACGGAGACACUCCACAUACAGCACGACGGUCCUCUCGCCUCCGACAAGGAUCUCUUCAUUGACGAUGACGGCUCGGGCGUAGAGAUCGACGAGAGCUCUGGAUCCGGCUACGGACCCGGCCCUGGCCCCGACGACGAAGACAGCCGCGGCUCAGGUGACGUCCCAGACGCGCCUGAGGAUGACGAAGACUACACACGUACCACGGAGGCUCCGAUACCCACUAUAUUCCAUACGAAUCCGUCCAGUCCGGACGAAUCAGAGCCUCUGACCCCACCUUUAGUGCAGCCCAUCGAUGUUAUUAGUCCGAGGAUAUUGUCAAGUAACCCGAGCGAACAAGAACCGCGCGGCGCGGGGGAGGAUCAGCCCUCGCGCCCGGAUAUCUCUGGAGACAUCAACUUGUCUGGAGAAACCGAUAUAAUAAGCCAAGCGGGAUCAAACCUAGAGCCAGAGACGCGGCCAGCGGACAGCGGUGUGGUGAUCAUGGACACGCCCCACGAGGACCGCGCAACCAGCUUCUUCGCACAACCGGGCAUACUAGCUGCCGUAAUCGGUGGAGCCGUAGUAGGACUUCUAUGCGCGAUUCUAGUAGUAAUGUUCAUAGUAUAUAGAAUGAGGAAGAAGGAUGAAGGUUCAUAUGCUUUGGACGAGCCUAAGAGAAGCCCGGCAGCAGCAUCGUAUGGGAAAGGUCACAACAAUCGAGAAUUUUAUGCGUGAGACGACACAGAACAUCCUAUGCCACCAAUUUUUUAACUAACAGAUAAACAAUAUGGCCGCACGUUGUUCUGACGUGUUUAACUUUUGACAUAACUUAUCAUUUUCCUUACACAUUAUCCUGUGGCUAAAUAUGUUCUGUGGUUGUUCUUACUAAAAAUUUCAACAUCUGUACUGAUUGUACUUAUCUGUACAAAUCAUAUACAUUUAAAAUGUUGUUUAAAAAUCGAAUUAUGCAAAUUGCAUAUAAAUUAUAUCAAUUAAGACCAAAUAUUAAACUAUCGUGAAGAUAGUCUCGAUAUUACAAUGUCUUCAUAUUUCGAGACCAAUAAGUGUUUGGAGUGUAACUAAUUUUUUGUAUUUGAAUGGAGAUCUUGUAAUAAAAUGAAUUGUUCUGUAUAAAAUGAAUGUGCCAUUCGCUUCUUUUUAAUUGUACAUUUGCCAAUAUUGUGUCGUAGUGUUUUUCAUAGACUAUAGUCUAUGGUAUCGUCCAUAUCUUGUUUGUUCUAUAAUCUAUAAUGAAUCUAAUAUCCUGUAUUUAGGGCCAAUUGAUUUAUAUGCAGAUAAUAUAAAUUAAGGCUAUCUCAAAUUCUUAUGAAUUGUCUUAUGUAUUAAAUUACAAACUUAUUAAAUAUUAGGGAUUUUGAUAAAUGGCUAACUAAAUGAUAUAAAUGGCUACCUAUUUAUUAUUUUCAAUGGUAGAAUAAACGUAAUAAUUGUAAAUUCUUUCUUUAAUAUUAAAAAUUAUAUAUUAUAACACUUUUAAGAUAUACGACUUUUAUAUAUGCUUGUAUCAUGUUUUGCCGUAAAAUAAAAUACAUUUACUCUUUUUUAUAUGUUCCUUUAGAUAAUUAAAAUAAAUUUCUUAACUAUAUGUAAAAAUAGGGCAAUUCUGAUUAUAAAUUUGUAAUUCUUAUUUUCUACAUUGAAUCUGUAUGUGUUGAAUAAUUUUUAAUCCAGGUUGUGCAAGCCAGUCUACUUUUUAUAAUAUUUUUGUGACUUGUGCCAUUUUUAUUCUAUUAACUAUGUUAUUACUUUGUAAUCGUUUUACAUCAUUUUAUUGUUCAUCUCAGUCAUAGAUAUACAAAAUACCACACAUUAUUAACAUUUAACGCGAUUUUUUAAAUUAGUUAUGGUACAACCACAAAUAAAUAAAAGAGCCACAUCAUCGUACUUGGAAUUGAUCAUAAAUUAAGCAAUAGACAAUUGUAAGAACAAUUAACAUUUAUAUAUUCUGUGGCAAGCAAACUGACCUGAUUGCUUUAUAUAUUCUAUGUUAUGUCUAUGACUUAGAUAACUACAUUAAACAUAAAUUAAAGUAAGAUAACCUUAUUUUAAUUUCUCGUGGAAAUAAUUUCUACCUUUUUAAUUUAAAAUUUUACUUUAUAGUUUCUUAAUUUAUUAUUUUACUAUAAGGGGCAUUGUUAAACGAUUAAUAAUAUUAAACUGUAAUAUAUGAAUAAUUGUUAUUAAGCACUAAUACACUGUAAUGAACAAAAAUUAGAAUUGGAUGCAACUAAAAGCUUACAUUCCCACAAUAGCAUGGAUUACGCUCACAUAGUGUAAAUGUUAAUUGUAAUUGUAUAUUGUUAUAGGGAUAAUAUAGGCUAUGAAUAGUUGAAAUCUGUCACCAAAUAACUCUUGUUUAAAACUUGACAUUUACUAUAAAGCUUCCAUAAACUGGUACUAUUUUCUUUUGAGGUUUACUCCCAUAUAGACAAAGUUAUAUAGAAGUAAACCAUAGAUCGACGGAGUAUGAGCGGAUAGAGAAUCAGCGUGGCAGUUAUGCGAAAUAAUAUAAUUCUUCUUAUCUACGCGUCAUUUAAUCUUUUCACAAAAAAUAUUUUAUAAAAUGUCAUUAGGUAUAUGAUUUUUGUUGAAUUAUAAUGACAUAACAGAGUUGUCAACAUUACAAAAAGCAUAACUGCAGCGACCCCAAAUCCCACGACGCUUCUCUUUACGCACAGGCUACAUAGUCUGUCACAUCACAGUAAAAGACUUAUCUGAGACAGACUUUGAUUCCACUAAUUUGUCUGACCAUAUAUAAAUUAUAAUUAUUUCCUAAAGCAUAUAACAUAUACAGUCCUACAGAGAAAAAUAGCUGUAGAUUCCUAGAAAACUGUUUUUCUAUUUUUGAUUUAAUUUAAUAACAAUUUUUUGUAAUGUUAGGUUCAAAUCAUUAAAUUUAAAGUAUUAAUUCAGUGAAGUUAAAGUAAUUGAAAAGUUAUUUUAUGUUUUCUUUAGAAAGGUAAGUCGUGCCUGGCUUCUUAAAUGUCGUAAGAUUUUUGACAGCUGUCAAGUACCGGUAAGAGAUAGCACCGGGAUAUUUGCUUAAAAACAGAUGCAAUUACAUAUUAUUUAUAUAUGAAGGUCUGACAAAAUAGUGGAAAUAAUAGGCAUUUCAUACUUUAUAAUGUUUAAUAUUGUAUAAGAUUUUAUUUCACUACAUUUUCAUUACCUACAAUCAAGGCCUAUACAAAAUCUUCUAUCUAUUGUAUUCCUAGAAAAUAUUAGAAGCUUUGACGUGAAUACCUUUAGUAAUAAUCUAAUUAUAAUUGGCAGCUGUUUGAUUUCAUAUUGUAAUUAUUUCAAUGCCUUUUUAUUUUCUAGCCGAGUUUAGGUACAGUUGACAAAAAAGUUUUUAUAUCAUAAUCAUAUUGAAUCUUUAGUGUAAAAGUACCUAUUCUCAUAAAUAAAUUGAUACAAGUGAUUUGUAUCACCUGGGAAAAUGUAUGUGUGCAGACUACCUUCAUACAAAUGUGGGAGAGUUCAAUUUUAGUGGUUUUGCUUUUUUUUGGCUUCAAUAACAACUUUAUAUGGUUGAUAUAUGUUUAUGAUAUGUAUCCUUAGAUAUAAUUUUAAACUUAUUAAUCAGUAUGUGUACUAUAUCCAAUAUCAAAUAUGACUUUUUGUACUAUACAAUUCUGUCUUUAAUGGAUUUGAAUAUAUAUUAACAAUAAUUUGUUACUAAAAGGGCAAUGGAAUGAAAAGAAGCAAUUUUAUCUUUAAACUUAUGUCUAAGUUAAGGUAGGGUAAACACGGAUGUCCACCAUGUAAAUACGCUCCUUUACACUUAGGUAAAUAUACAGGUCAAUAAGAAA